AUGUACCUGAGCGAUACACUGUCGCGAGCAUCGUUGCCAACACGACAAGUCACAGAUCAGACACCAGACUAUCUGAUCUUCUCCGUCACUCAGGAGCAGAAGCUAAACAUGGAGUUGGAGAACAUCGAACCAACCAUCUUCGUCACAGACGAGCGUCUGCAGAGAGUCAAAAAGGCAACGCUUGCUGACCAAACCCUACAAACGCUGAUGCAGGUCAUCCAAGCAGGCUGGCCAGGGGACAAGGCUCAAGUUCCUUUGUGUAUCAGGGAAUACUGGCCAUACAGAGAUGAGCUGUCAACACAAAACGGGCUCAUCUUUCGCGGAACGCGUAUUGUAAUCCCAACUGCUCUCCGUGCAGACAUGACAGCAAGGGCACAUGCAUCUCACAUGCCACGUAUGCACACAGAACUGGUUGAGGCAGUCCAGCGCUGCGCAAUCUGCCAGGAGUCACAACCAGCUCUCCCCAAGGAACCCCUCAUGACGCACCCAAUACCCAAAACACCGUGGCAGUUAGUCGCGAGUGACUGUUUUGAGGUCAAUGGACAAAACUACUGCGUACUAGUAGUCCUCUACUCAGACUACAUCGACGUGCGCACCCUGGAAGACAUGACAUCCAAAUCGCUAAUCAAGGAACUGAAGCCAGUGUUUGCCACCCACGGCAUUCCUCACACCUUGAUCACAGACAACGGACCAAACUACGUGUCACGCGAGUUCACUCAGUUUGCGAAUGACUGGGACUUUGAACACACUACCUCAAGCCCCUACCACUCAAAAUCCAACGGAAAAGCAGAGUCCGCGGUCAAAAUCGCCAAAGGACUUGUGACCAAAGCUGCCAAAGACAACAGUGACGUGUGGAAGGCUAUCCUUGCAUGGAGGAACACCACUACUCCGGGAAUGUCCAGCUCUCUGGCACAGCGCUUAAUGUCUCAACGAACGCGCUCAUUUCUCCCUUGCAAGAGCUCACUGUACAAGCCCCAGGUUGUAGAGGCCGUCACCGAGCAAGUCGUGACCAAAAGACAGACAGCUAAACUGUAUCACGACCGCACUGCAAAAAGCCUCCCUGAUCUGGUUGUCGGACAGCCAGUUCUCGCCAAAACUCGACCCAAGGUUGAAGGCUCCCCAUGGACCCCGGGAGUGAUAAAAGCCAAAGUUGCGCCACGCAGCUACAUCGUUGAAGUCGGUAGCAAAUGCUACAGACGCAAGUGCAUACACCUCAGAGACAGUCGGGAAAACGCGAAACAACCUACAACACCAGCCACAUGCGUGAGUGAACCUCUGCUCAUGCAACAACCAGCUAGCACUGAGCCACCCAGCUUGAGCGCCGCCAGUCCAGUCGCUAAGGCACAAGAUUGA